GCGGGGUGAGGCGCGCGGCGGCGAGAAAGAGCGAGUGACGUUACUGUUCUUCUGGCCACGUUGCGGAAUGUUCGUAGUGGAGUAGCUGCUGCCGCUGCUCUGCUGCUGCUACUGUUGUCUGCUAUAAAAGGUCGUGAAAGUAAACAAACAUGGCGGGAAGUUAGUGAUGGUGCGCGAAACGGGAGUAAUGACAGAGCAGUCGGCUGCAGAGGAAGGAGGGGCAGUGAGUGCAGCAGGAGAGGAAGCUAUCCGCUCCCUCUUGGCAUCAUGCAGGGAAUCCAUGAAAGGAGAGCCGGGGCGGACAACUGCAGGAGUGAUUCCUCUAGACCCUCUUUCAGUCGAGACGCAAAUCAUCACCCAUCAGCAUCCAGCUCUUACCAUCUCAGUGAAGCUGUCUAACAUGGCAUUAACGGGCCUGUCUGAGUUUGUCAUUGAAGAGGUGAAAGUGAAUGUGCAGCUCUUGACCAUAACUGUGAGCCUGGCUUAUGAUACACUGCUACUGGAUGGGGAGUAUGAGCUUCAGGGAAAAUUGGUAAAAGUCAUCCCUAUCUCAGCUAGAGGGCCAUUCACAGUCACAACCAACAAUGCCAAGGUCACACUUCGAGCCAAGUUAAAGGAAUGCCGUGGACGGUUAGAAGUAAGGGAUUUGACGAGUGACUUGAUUUUGGAAGGUGUUAGAUGUCGUCUUGCUCAGAUGACAGGUGGUGCCUUGGUUAGUAAGGUUUUGAACUCAUUACUAACAGAUUUACUCAGACGUGAGAGACCUCGCUUGGCACAUGAACUAAGUGCAGCACUAAAAACCUUGUUGAACAAUGAGCUCAAAAACUUCAACCUUGGUGUAUCCCUCCAACUUCUGCAAACUAGCGACAGACUCAUGCGUAGAGGUUCACUUUACUAAUCUUUGCUUGUAUGCACACCAAAGAAAAUAAUGUAAUUUAAAAAAACAUUUAUUUUAAAGCAUUCAUGAGAUAAGUUAGUAAGGUGUUUUUACCUCUACAUAGUAUUUUUCUGGCAAAGAUAAUUUUCAAGUAAAUAUCUAAUACAUUCUAAGUAGAGGGAGUGAAUAUCAUAGCAAUCUAAAUGAUAUUGUCAUAUAUUUGAGUCUAAAGAUGUAUUGCCAAUGUGUAUCUAUAUGGUACAAAUCUCUUUGCUUGAUAAAGUAUUUAUAAGCUCAGGUUUUGAUUGUUAGAAAAAUUGUGUACAUUUAAAGAAGGUUAUUUGAUUGAUUAAUAAUUUUGAAAAAAAUAACAUAGUCUAGACUUUAGCAAAAUGUUGAAGAGUGGAGCCUAUUUCUAAACUUAUCACUUGUAGCGUUGGUACUCAGAAGAAACUUCAAGAUGUGAAAAUCAUUGUGCCAAUUUCUAAAAUCAGCUCUCAAGCUGUUUAUGAGGCACUAAAACAGUUCUGUUUUUAGUUAGUAUAUUUAAGGAAAUGGUAAAGCUAAAGAGCUGUUGCACUUUUGAUUCCCAUAUCUGUUGCUACCAGAGAAGAUGAAGAACUCGAAGGCAAGCAUUUGAAAGGGAGAAUCUAUCCUUGAUUUUACUUAUCAUAUUUCAAAGCUUUACUCUUUUUAUGAAGUUUGUAUGAUAUUUUGAUACGAUGAAGCUUGGAUACUUCAUUGGCUUGGCUGUAUGUCAUUUUACCAAAGACUUGUGUUAGAUAUUCUUUUAAUUUUGAUGUGAUAUGGUAUCUAUUUUGUAGUUAAAAGGAAAUACAUUUUAAUAUUGGGAUUUAAGUAAGUAAACAUGUUUUAUGUAAGAAUUGCAUUUGCAUGGUAAAGUAUAUGAUUAAGUGGUUAUUAAUAUAUGUAUCCAAAAAUUAAUACUUAAUCUAUAUUUUAUAUAUUUUACCAUGUAGUUUUAUUAUGAUUUGUCCUUAAUUGGGAGGGAAAAUUCCUGUUGUUUUAUCUCAAAAUAAUGAUUUUUUUUUCUUGGCUUAUUUUGAGAAUACAAAGACAAAUUAUAUGAGUAAUUUUCUUUAAUUUGGGAAUAAACAUAGAAUGCCAAAAGGUUCAUUUUGAACGUACUUGUUAUAUAAAUACAAUUUUUCAGCUUU